UGAGGGUAAUUGAAGGAAUACGGUAUUGCUGAUGAAGCCUUUAGACAAAUGUGCAGCUUCUCUGUAGCCUAUUCUUCACUUUAAAGACUGGCUAUUAGCUUAAUCAGACAAACAGCAAAAUGUCUUUCAGAGAGCUGAAAGAUAGUUUGUAUUACACGUUCCUCGAUUCAAAAGAGCGUGGUGUUAAGGAAAACCAGAUUGAAUUAGCUAAGAAGUGUGUAUCCUCUGGAGUACUUGACGAACGUUUAGAUAUUUACGAUCGCUACACAAAGAUAGACUUUAAUCGACUCAUUGCACAAAAUGAGUAUCCUCCAUUGGUGACUGCACUGAAUCUCCUGCUCCAAUACAUCACUAACCUCCUGCCUCCUAACCCACCUGCUAACUGGUGGUCCAUAUACACCAGAAACACUUCGUUUAAAGUUAGACUCGGCUCUGUUAAGGGAGCUAGAGAGAUACUUAAACAAGCUGGGUAUACUCAGACGUCUGGAGAUAGUAUUACAUUCCCAGAGGAUAGAAGGGAUGCUCCUGACAGGCAACACCUCUCAGACCUAGCAACAGAGCUAUUAUUAGCUCGUGUUGAGUGCGAGGGUAUCAUUGGUCAAGCCUACCCUAAUCCAAAGACCCAGCAGUCAGUGGGCUAUGCCCCACAAGGAUACAAUGAGCAGCAGUACAGUCAGAGAGGAGGGUAUGAGCCACCGCACUCACAAGGGAACCAGAGAGGGGACCAGUUUUAUCCUCAAGAACAUCAGCAAAGAGGAGGAGGAGGAGGAGGAUAUAACCAGUCACAACAUGGCCGUGGUCAGGAUGGAUAUCCCCAGCAGCAGGGUGGGGAUUAUGGGAGGGGGAGUGGUGGAUACAAUGAAUUUAAUCAAGGGUAUCCUGGAAAUAAUGAAUAUCAUAGCCAGGGUCAACCAGGUUAUAACCAACAGGGUUAUAAUCCUCCCAGAUCAGCUAGUGAUCAAAGAGGAUCAGAAUAUGAACCAGGUUAUAAUCAACAAAGAUCAAGUUAUGAUCACGAGCAAUCAAGGCAUGAUCAACAAGGUCACAAUCAGUGGAGCUCAUCGUCACAACAGGGACAAGCUUAUGGUCAGCCAACUGGUGAUCGACAAGGAUCAACUCAGGCAUCAAAUUAUGAUCAAUAUGGUACAUCUCAACCUUACGAUCAACGUGGAUCCUCAGGUUACAUGCAUGAUCAACUGAGAUCAAAUCAUGGUCAAGAGAGACAUGGUUAUAAUCAGCAUGACCGAGGAGCUCCUCAAGACUCAGUUGGUUUUCCUUACCUACCUGAUCAACACCCUCCUCCUGGUAACUACAGUAAACCAACCAUUCCAUCAGAAAGAUCCAAUCCUCCUGGCAGAGCAGUACAGACUGCAGUUGUACCAUCUUCUGCCGGCCCUCGUGAUUCUCAAGAUAGAUAUCGUUAUAAUCAGCAUGACAAAGGAUCUCCUCAAGAAUCAGUUGGUUUUCCUUACCUACCUGAUCAAUACGCUCCUCCUGGUAACUUAGAAAGAUCCAAGCCUCCUCCUAGAGGAGCACAGACUACAGCCUUUCCCUCUUCUGCUGGCCCUCGUGAUACUCAAGAUAGAUAUCAUUAUAAUCAGUAUGAAAGAGGACCUCCUCAAGACUCAGUUGGUUUUAGUUACUCCCCUGAUCAAUACGCUCCUCCUGGUAACUCAGAAAGCUCCAAGCCUCCUCCUAGAGGAUCACAGACUACAGCCUUUUCCUCUUCUGCUGGCCCCCGCGGUCCUCCUUUAGCGAAGAGGGAGUCAGAUCCUUUUCGUAAGGAAAGUAGUCGUGGGGUUUCUCCCGAGCCUUCACAAGGUCCUGACAGAAGUUCUGGUCCUCAAGAGCGUAGCUACUCAGGUUCUCAUUCUGGUUCUGGUCCUCAGUCUUUUUCUAAAGGUAACUCUGGGCCUCAGUCAGAGACACACAGUAAGCCCAGCAGUGGUAAUCAGUCAGAAGACGGUAACACCAGUAUCAACGAUGGAAGCAUUACCUCUAAUCCCUCCACCCCUGCUUCUUCCAUGUCUGCUGCUGCUUCAAGAAAGAAGAAGAUGCAAGAAAUGAUAGAGAAAGCUAAAAAAGCCCGGGAAGCAGCAAGCAAGGAAGACAUUGAGCCUUCUAAACCUAGCACUAGUGAGCCCAGUACACCUUCGGGUACUUCGACUGCUGGUAGAACUCCAGUCUCAACUGCUCCUGUUCACACUACAGGUGGAGGGCCUGAUCCUCCUCGUAAACCAGUUUCAUCUAGUUUUGAUUGUAUCAAGGAAGUAGAUGAAGACUUGUGUGAUAAUUAUCCAGCGAAUGCUCACACUCCUAGCAAACCGGACCCCCAUCGUGACUAUCCUUUUGAUCGCAAAAAGGAUUCCGGUCCUCGUGAAGAACCCAUUGACCAGGAUGAGUCCAUGUGGGCAACAAGAGUACCACAGCCUCAAGAUAGGCCCGAGCCUCGUACACCAUCAAGACCCCCUGAGCGGCCGUCUAGUAAUGAACACAACCGGGGAGACUCAAGAACCACUUUUGAUAGGGGGGCUAAUCGUGAACCUUAUGGAAAACCCCCUGAGCAUUUGGAUAGGGGGGCCAAUCGUGAAUCUUAUGACAGACCUCUUGGGCAUUUUGACAGGAGACCAAAUCGUGAAUCUUAUGACAGACCCCCUGAGCAUUUUAAUAGGGGAUCUAAUUGGGAAUCUUAUGACAGACCCCCUGAUCAUUUUGAUAGGGGGCCUAAUCGUGAACCUUUUGACAGGCCUCCUGAGCCCCCAAGUGAUCCUAGACAUGAUUUAUAUUCAACUAAAAGAGAAGAUGAAACAGGUGGGGCUGUUGGUGAAGCUACAGGAGGGGGAGUGAGAAGCAGUGCCAUGGAUCAUCAGUUCCAGAAAUACAAAGCUGAGGCUAAUUAUUUUAGAUCUCUGUCAGUAGAGGAUCAGAGAGCUAGGUUGGAAGACAAACUGAGGCAUAAUGAGACAAUCACUCAUCUUAAGCCACACUACAAAGGUACGGACCUUUACAGUUUAACAGAUAACACACACGAGACUCCACCUCCUGCUGAUCAACUGAUGACGAUGGAAGGGGAGAGGGGAAGAGGUCGUGGUGCGGCUAAACUUGACCCGUCAGUCAUUAAUGAUGAAAUGGAAGAACAAAAGAAGAGAGACAAGAUUAAGGAAGAUGGACAGUUCUUCAUGCAUUGGCUAAAGGAGUGUACUCCGUUUGGUUUUUCCCCGGAAGAAGUACAAAUUGCUCUUAAACGUAGCCCCAAGGACCCAUUGCAUUAUCUUCAGAAUAAAUGGCUUGAAAUCAUCAAGAGUACAAUAACAGGAGUUAAAUUUGCAAAGUGUAAUGAAGGAUCAUAUGGUAUACCGUCUAGAAAUGAGGUCAGAUUGGUAUUGAUUGAGUGUCAAGGAGACAUAACAGCUGCAAAGAAACUCUGUGUGAAAAAUAGGAAGAAAAAGAUUGAUGAACUCUUUAAAAAGAUUGAUGGGCGGUUUCAAGUCUCAUGGGAUGAUGCUGUACAGGCACUAUCAGAGACCGAGCUUGAUGUAGACAAAGCCUAUUACACUGUCCAGUGCUACGGGCUCCAGGAACUCUACCAGUACCUGACGAGUGACUUUAGUAAGAUGAUCAAGGGAGGAAAGACUGAGAUGGAGUACUUAAAGGGCCUCAUCAUUGAGAGAAUGAAAGAGAAGGACUCUGAAGAUGUGUACAAUUCUUGUCUUCGUAUGGUGAUGUCUGAAUUUAGACUAGGUACAAUGGAAAAGGCUGAGAUUCUUGUAACUUUGCUGACAGAGAAGAGUGAAUACCCUCUUGCCUACUACAUUGAUGCCACUCGGUAUAAUGAAGACUUGGAAACUGCUCGUAGUUUCCUCAACCAGCCUUGUACAAUAUGCUAUGAUGAAUUUCCAAUGGAUGAAAUGGUGUGCAUGCCGGCUUGUGGUGAGUCACUAUGUAAAGACUGCUUCAAGGGACACUUUUCAAUUGCAAUCAAAGAGAAAAGUGUUAAACAUUUCAAUUGUCCCAUUUGUGGACUACCAGAUGUAGGCAACAAUGAUCAGACACUAGAGAUGAAUCUUCAGCUCUUCGUGGCUAUGGUAAAGCAAAAUCUUGAUUCUGCUGAUUAUGACUUAUGUCAGAAAAAAUUGGCUGAUUUUAAUCUUUCAAAAGAACCUGGAUUUGUUUGGUGUACUCAUGAAGGCUGUGGGGCUGGUUUUAUUAAUGAUUUUAGGGAUCGUAAGAAAGUGGAGUGUCCUAACUGUAAACGUCUAAUGUGCUUCUUAUGCAAGAAGAAGUGGGAAGAUCAGCACGAAGGCUUAUCUUGUGAUCAGUUUGCUCAAUGGAAAGCUGAUAAUGAUCCUGAAGCACAGAAAGCUGGUCUAGCAGCCAUACUUAAAGAAAAUGGAAUCUCAUGUCCUGGCUGCAAAGCUCGCUAUGAUCUGGCUAGAGGAGGAUGUAUGCACUUUCACUGCACGCAGUGUCCUCAUGAGUUCUGCAGUGGAUGUAAUAAUGAGUAUCACAAGACUGCUGAUGCGUGUGGUCGUCAAUAUUGUAAGACAGGCUCCAGUAAGCCAUUGGGUCUACAUGCUCACCAUCCUCGUGACUGCCUCUUUUAUCUGAGGGAUUUCCCUGUUGAUCAGUUGCAAAAACUACUAAAUGACAAUAAUGUUAAAUAUGAUACAAACCCACCAGAAACUCAAGUGGCAGCUACAAAAGAAAUGAAAGAGAAAGGCACUCCUCUGGUACCUGUUGAUAAACCUGAAGCACCUGGACCUGAUGGAGAACAAGGAGAUAUACCAAAGCCUCCAGUCCAUGUUAUUGAUGGCGAAGAGAUUGUACUCGUCUGUCAGGUCAUGUUGCAGAAGGAAACACCUGAUGGCCUCAAAGAUGAAGAAUGUUUGAGAUCUGCCCCUGUUGGCAUGGCUGGCCUCUGCGAGGUCCAUUAUAAGGAAUAUUUGGUUAAUAAGAUUAACAAAGAAGGAUUGGACCCUGUUGAGAUGUAUGGUAUACAUCAGGUGAAGCUGAUUUUAAGGAGAGAAGAGCUAGAAGUUCCUGAGGAAGAAGAUGAUGAAGGCGAAGAGCAAUACAAAGGAAAAUUGAUUGAGAUUAUUAAGGAAAAGAUUCCAAUUGUUAAGAAAAAUCAGGACCAAGCUGCUCAGUAGUUUUAUGACUUUAUAAUGUUUGGUAUAAUAAUAAUUAAUAAUUUGUGUGUAGCUUUAUUUUGUGAGUGGGCGUUGAUUUGGAGCAAACGUAA